AUGUCCAAAUCACGGAGCCCUUCGCCGACGACGGCAACGCCUGUGAGGUCGGCAUCAGACACAGACCACCAGCCCAGCGACGUGGACGCCGUUGCCCUGCGCACGCUGACACGCAAAAUCGACCUGCGCAUCAUCCCGCUCUUCAUCUUUCUCUACACCAUUACGUUCCUCGACCGCGUCAACAUUGGCAAUGCCAGGCUGUGGCACCUCGAGGCCGACCUCGGCAUGGCGGGGUAUGACUAUAACCUCGCCGUGCUCGUCUUCUACAUCCCCUACAUGCUCCUCGAGAUUCCGUCCAACAUGCUCCUCAACCGCCUGAAGCCGCGCUACUACAUCGCCUCGCUCGUCUUCCUCUGGGGCCUGACCAUCACGCUCGCCGGCUUCUCGACGCGGUUCGCCCAUCUCCUCGCGGCCCGCGUCCUCCUCGGCGUCUUUGAGGCCGGCAUGUUCCCCGGCUGCCUCUUCCUCCUGGCGACCUGGUACCCACGCCACGCGCUCCUCACCCGCACCGCCCUCUUCCUGCUCGCCAACGACAUAGCCGGCUCCGUCUCGGGCCUCCUCGGCGCCGGUCUCGGGGCCCUCGACGGCGUCCGCGCCGCCUCGGGCUGGCGCUGGAUCUUCUGGCUCGAGGGCGCCUUCACCUGCGCCGCCGCCCUCCUGGCCCUGCGCUACGUGCCCGACUUUCCGCACCGCGAGCCGUUUCUCGCGGACGCCGAGCGCGCCCUCUGGCUGGCGCGCCUCGAACACGACGCCCGCAGCCUCGGCCACGAGCCCAUGACGCCGCGCCGCGUGCUGCGCGCGCUGCGCGACGCCAGGUCCUUGGCGGGCGGCGUCCUCUACCUUCGCCGUCUGGCGUCACGGCCCUACAGCAUCUCCGUCUUCACGCCGACAUCUGCGCACCUUUGGCUGGGGCCCGCUCAAGUCCAAUCUGCUGUCGACGCCCGUGCGCAUCGCGUCGGGCGUCGUGUCCGUCCUUGUCGGUGUCGUUUCGGACCGCACGAGGCGCCGCGGCGUCUACUGUCUCGGCGGCUUCGCGACGAGCAUCGUCGGCCUGCUCCUCGUCAUGGUGCCGACGGACGGAGGGCCGCUCGUCAUUGCUUGGACUGUCAACCAGGUCGUCGGUAA